GAGGAAAGGCAGUAAAGACUCUCACUGCGGUCCCAGUAAACAGCUCAGCGGCUGGGAUUUACAGCUUCUUCUUCGUUUUUUUUUAGUACAAUAAAUCCAAUUUGUAGGAUGUAAAAUAAAUAACAGGAUUGGAGAAGACAUUUAGAAUAAUAGUUGCGGCUCUUACUUUGAAAGUUUUACCGGAUUUGUGUUUUAAUGAUGAAGUUGGUAUGAAACGCAGCAGAGCUCAGAUCUCCGGACAGGAUGAGGAGGAAUAACAGGAACACACCGAGACCCUGAGCAACAUUAUAGGAAAACUCCAUUUAUUCUUAGCUUUCUUCUCCUUCUUUUAUUUAUUUUUCUAGAUUCUUCUUUGGUUAAAUCCAGGAUUUGUUACCAAACAGCCUCUGUUGCGCAUCCUUCCGUAAAAAAUGCGUUUUUUGGAUGUAAAAUAGUUUUUUUCUGUGGUUUCUGGGAAGAGUGAAAUAAAAUCUGUGCAGAUCUUCCUCCAUCUGAGACGCCAUGGAAAACGCUCAUACCAAAACAGUGGAGGAGGUUCUGGUCUUCUUCAGCGUGAACGAAUCUACAGGUCUGAGCUGCGAGCAGCUGAAGAAGAACAGAGAGAGAUGGGGCCCCAACGAGCUGCCUGCAGAGGAAGGGAAGUCUCUGUGGGAGCUGGUCCUGGAACAGUUUGAAGAUCUGUUGGUUCGAAUUCUGCUGCUGGCUGCCUGCAUCUCUUUUACGCUGGCGUGGUUUGAAGAAGGAGACGGGACCAUCACUGCCUUCGUCGAACCAUUCGUCAUCCUUCUGAUCCUCAUUGCUAAUGCUAUAGUUGGCGUGUGGCAGGAAAGAAAUGCAGAGAAUGCCAUCGAAGCGUUGAAGGAGUAUGAACCCGAGAUGGGCAAGGUGUACAGACAGGACAAGAAGAGCGUGCAGAGAGUCAGAGCCAGAGACAUCGUUCCAGGAGACAUCGUUGAAGUUGCUGCCCCCACCAACAGUAGGGGAAACCCCCAAGAGGUGACGAGGCAGCUGCUGCUGGAGAUUCCCAAUGACAGCGCAGCGCCG